AUGACGGAUACAGCGCGGUGGAAGGCCACAGUCCAUGUCAGUGGCCUCGCGACAAUGGCGUCCGUGGCGACACUUCACGACGCAUUUCUUCCCUUCGGCGACAUCGCAGACGUCUCGCUUCCUAAGAACGAAAAUCCAAAUUCGAACACGACAGAACCACAUCGUGGCUUCGCGUACGUGGAGUUCGAAAAUGCAGAUGAUGCGAAGGAGGCAAUAGACAACAUGGACCAGUCUGAGUUCUUUGGGCGGGUUAUCAAGGUCACGGCAGCCAAAAUACCAAAGAGUGCUGACGAGGGACUGGGAAGCAAAAAGGCAGUCUGGGAGCAGGAGAGCUGGCUGGCAAAAAAUGCCGUCAGUGAGGAAGAUAGACUGGCCGCAGAACAAGCCCAAGAUGCUGGAGAUACGAGGGCGGAGGACCCGAUGCAAGGCCUUGAGGGCCUGGAUGUCGCUGGUCCUCGCCCAGCUUAG